AUGCUCUGCCAGCGCAGCCUUGCGAUUUUCUUCAUCGUCAACGUGCCUAUCGUGACGUGCCUGGAGCCGGACUUCCUGAAUCCAAUGGAGAACAUUACGGUGCCGAAGGGUCGCGACGCGACGUUUACUUGCGUGGUGAACCAUCUCGGUGGAUACCGGGUGAGUCCUUCCUCCUCCGCGAGCGGUGAUCACGGUGGUGCCAAUCCUCGGGUAGCUUGGAUCAAGGCGAAUACAAGAGCGGUCCUGGCCAUCCACGAACACGUCAUCACCAACAAUGCAAGGCUCUCCGUCACGCAUAAUGACGCCAAUACAUGGACUUUGAGUAUCAAGGAUGCCCAUCCCGAAGAUCGAGGAACCUAUAUGUGUCAGGUCAACACUAAUCCCAUGAAGAGCCAGAGCGCACAUUUAGAAGUUGUCAUACCACCGGAUAUUAUUUACGAAGAGACUUCUGGUGAUAUAAUGGUACCAGAAGGCGGCUCCGCGAAACUUGUUUGCAAAGCACGCGGAUAUCCUAAACCUGAAAUCGUUUGGAAGCGUGAAGAUGGUAGUGACAUCAUCACAAGGACGCAUUCCGGUAGUAAAACUAAAGUGCUAACAGCCCAGGGCGAAAUACUGAGCUUCCCGAAUGUCGGAAGGAGCGAGAUGGGAGCUUAUUUGUGUAUAGCCAGCAACGGUGUUCGCCCAACAGUGAGCAAGCGAAUGAUGCUGCAAGUUCAUUUUCGCCCAUUAAUCGAAGUGCCGAAUCAACUCGUCGGCGCGCCGAUUAGAACCGAUGUGACUCUCUCCUGCAAGGUCGAAGCUUCGCCAAAACCCAUCAAUUAUUGGACGCGUGAGAACGGAGAAAUGAUAAUUAGCAACGAUAAGUACGCUAUGUCCGAAGAAAUAUCAAACAUGUACAGCGCCUGGAUGCAAUUGAUAGUUCGAGAUCUACAAGCACGCGAUUUCGGCGGAUACAAAUGUAUCUCGAAAAAUUCCUUGGGCGACGCUGAAAGUGGCAUAAGAUUGUACGAGAUCGCACUGCAGGAGCGUAAGCACGAGCACCACAAUGGCGGAUCAAGUAACAACGAGUACGAGACGGAGGAGCGGGAGCUGAGUAACCGCUUGAACCACGUUUAUCAGGGUUCGCUGAGGGAGAGUGGCUCGACACUCCGACCCAGGAGCAACGCGUCGGCCAACGGCAGCCGAGUGACGCAAGCCCUGGCACUCGUCGCGGCCAUCUUCACGAUACUCAUGUUGGCAGAGCCGAGGGCGUAG